AUGCAGACACACCUACUGUUGAGAGAGUAUCCGAGAGCACUAGCAUUACGACCUACAGUCCUUGAAGAAGCUCCUUCUGGAGUUCUUGUUUUGCAAGCACAUGAGGAACAACAAAACAAGGCGAUUGCUAAACUGUAUAGUCCUAAUGAAUUUGAAGAUUCCGAAUGGCGCAUAUUGAAUUCACGUCCUGUCUUUGGUUGCUUGGGACUCAUUACGGUUCAAUCAGAUUGCUUUGUGGCUAUUGUUACAGACUGUGUGUCAGUAGGAAGGAUAAGAGCUGGAGAAGAGGUAUAUAAGAUCCAGUCUGUAUCAUUCUAUUCACUAUCAUCUGGGAGAUAUGAUGACUUUAUGGAUUUCUCAUACAACAACGGAUAUGACAGUGAUGACUUUGAUAACAACGUGCAGCAUCCGUGUGCUCAAUUACAAAAACUAUUAUCAGUUGGCAAUUUCUAUUUUACACCUGAUUUUGAUCUAACAAAGACAGUGCAAGCAAGAACUUCAGUUGCUUCAUCUGGUGUUUAUUCUUUUGAUCAGCAUUUUUUGUGGAACCAAUUCAUGAUCUCUGGUUUGCUUGAAUUUAGGUCAAAGCUGGAUAGGAAAAAGCAAAUGGAUCUCGACAGAGGAGGAUUUUUGAUAUUCGCAAUUAGAGGAUAUGUGGGGGUAGAAACAAUAAGAAUAGACCAUGAUCGAUAUGAGUUAUCAGUUAUUUCCAAAUUAAGCUGUCAGCGUGCUGGAACCCGAUUUAACUCGAGAGGAAUAGAUGACAAUGGUCAUGUAGCUAAUUUUGUAGAGACAGAAACAAUAUUUUACUCUGAUAGAAUAUGUUAUUCAUACACACAAAUUAGAGGAAGCGUUCCAGUAUUCUGGGAACAACAAGGCAUGCAGUUAGUACAGCACAAGAUACAAAUUUCAAGAGGACCAGGAGCAACACUCCCAGCAGUCAAACGACACUUUGACGAAUUAAUCAACCGUUAUAAGCACGUCUGCAACGUUAAUCUUUUAUCACAAAAGGAAGGCACAGCAUCUGGAGAAAGUCUACUGAGCACUGCGUUCAACACAGCCAUUCACCAACUUAAAGGCUACGAAGACAAGGUUCGCAUGAUCAAUUUUGACCUUCACGCAGAAUGUCGAGGCGGCAACUAUGAUAAUGUGGUGUACCUGAUGAACGACUUGGAAAGCAUUAUAGACGAAUAUGGUUAUUUCUUGAUGGAUACAGAGGAUAAUCAAAUCGUGUGUAAGCAAAAAGGCGUCUUUCGUACCAAUUGCAUGGACUGUUUGGAUCGCACAAAUCUUGUUCAAAACGAGAUUUCGAAACGAUUACUACUCAAUUACUUGUACAGUCGCUUUAGAAACAGUCGAUCUUCCCAAAUUGAACAUCUUAUGGCGCGUCAUUCACACUUAUGGGCAGAGAAUGGUGAUGGGCUCUCCAAGAUAUACGCAGGCACAGGUGCCCUAAAAUCAUCCUUUACCAGAACGGGUAAAGUGACGUUUAUGAACGUACUUAGUGACGCCACUCGAUCCGUCAACAGAUUCUAUAUCAAUAAUUUCCAGGAUAAGGCCAGACAGGAAGUUAUCGAUUUAUUGCUGGGUAAAUUAGCAAAUCAAAUGAUGAUUGCUAUACAUGACCCACUCAGCGAUUCUGUCACACAGCAACUGACAAAGAGAGUGAAGGAGUAUUCAAAGAGUCGAAAAAUAACCAUACUAUGUGGGUCAUAUAAUUUGAAUGGAAGGGCAUUUAAAGGGGAAUUAUUAGAUUCAUGGCUACUACAGCACUUUAAAUCGGGAAACACCGAAGAGCCUGAUAUCUACGCCAUUGGAUUUCAAGAAAUAGUUGAGCUAUCACCUCAGCAAGUGAUGGCGACAGACGCCGAAACAAGAAAAGUGUGGGAAGAUCAAAUUGAGCAUACCUUAAACUCACGGCCAGGAGGGAAAUCAAAGUACACACUGCUUCGGUCAAAUCAACUAGUAGGGGCUGCUCUCGUUAUCUUUGCAAAAUCAAGUAUUGUGGACGAAAUUAGAAAUGUAGAAAGUUCGAUAAAGAAGACGGGUAUUAUGGGAAUGGCAGGAAAUAAAGGGGCAGUGGCCAUUCGUAUGGAUUAUGGUGAUACUAGUUUUUGCUUUGUUGCAGCACAUUUUGCUUCAGGUCAAGCUAAUGUGGAGGAUCGCAAUAGUGACUUUUAUACCAUUAACGAAGGCCUGCGCUUCUUGAGGGGAAGAACGAUAGAUAGUCAUGACAAUAUUGUAUGGGUUAGUGAUCUCAAUUACAGAGUAUCUUUAUCUAACUUAGAGGCAAGUCGUCAUGCUCGAGAAUAUGUAUAUCAAGGAAAUAUCGAAGCGUUACUCCAUCAUGAUCAGCUUAUACGUGAAAUGAACCAAGGCAAUGUCUUUCCAGGAUAUAAAGAGGGUUUGAUCACCUUUUUACCUACUUACAAGUACGAUGUUGGCACAGACAUCUAUGAUACCAGUGAAAAGCAAAGAAUACCAGGAUGGACGGAUCGUAUUUUGUAUAAAGGAGGUCAGUUAAGACAGCUUCAAUACUCUAGAGCAGAACUGUAUACCUCAGAUCAUAGACCAGUAUUUGCAUUAUUUGAAGCAGAUGUCAUCACAUUAGAUAAAGAAGCUAAAUUCAAGUUACAAAAAGAGAUUUACCAGAGUUUGAGUUCAAUUGAGGUCCGACAGCAUCCACCUGAACUGCCCAAGAGAAAGAUGACUGCACCUUUGCCUGCUACGAAAGAUCCACUUGUAGAUGUUCUUAUUGACAUUUCACUUGAUUCUCCGUCACAACGCUUGCCACCACCUAGUACAGACAUAAGGAAAUGGUGGGAAGACGGAGAAGGUCUACCAAAGGCAGACAAGAGUCAAGUCAAUACUCAAAAUCCAUUUGAAGAAGGCUUGAGUAAUAGUCAUCUAACAGAUGGUUCACUGAUUUAG